GAGGAGGAGGAGGAAAACAGUCAGUGCAAAUGAUGAAGAGAGCCGGCUGUACAGUGUAACAUGAGGCUGCAAAGGCGUCGUAAAGAUACGCAGUUAAACGGCAUUUGAACACAAACCUGGAUUCUCAACAGGUCACCAUGGUUUCCCUGCAGGUUCUUCUGAGGUUUGGACUCAUCUGCUGUUUCCUCAGGACCUGUGCUUCCAGAUGUCGGACAAAAACACUGUUUCCAGCUGCAAGCAGAGUGAAAAGAGAAUCCAUGGAAGUAAAUCCAACCUUCUGCCGAUCCAGGAGUGACGCCCGGCUGCUGUUUGAGAUUCUGAUGGCUGGCAUUCACUUUGAUCCCACGUUUUCAGUGGAAGACCCUGAACUGUCUUCCCUUCGAAAGACAAAAAAUCUGGAUGUCAUCUGCAAGGAGAUCAUUCCCAAAGCGCUACCUGAUAUUUUGAGGCUCAUUUCUGAACUUUCACAUCACAGCGGUCACCUGCAUCAGGAGGAUUUCGAGCACACGCUCAUGACGUUGGUGUACACCUCGCAGAAAAUGGUCAACUCAGUUGAAGAACACCAGAGGGAAGCGUGGGCUCGGUCCUUCUCUGGUUUGUUCAGAGCUCUUAAAAAGGAUCUGACUCUGACAGACUGAACGUUUGGGCUGCUGACGUCAGUUUAAUAUGAAAAACAUGAGCAACAUAUGCUAAUCAGCGUUCUAGCUUUACACAUUCUGAAACGUUCUACUUUCAGAAACAAAUUAAAGUUUAAGUGCAGAAAAUUAAGCCCUUAAAGUCCAACUCAUCUUUUAUCAUGAGAGUUUUUAGCCAAAAGGGGUUUAGUCAUUCACCUCUGAGUUGCGAGCGGGGCAGUUGGCGCGGAGCAACUUCACCCUCCUUCGCUGCUGAGAGCUCUUGGUUUACAAGCUCUCCUGCUAGCAACAACCCCUCACACCCCCACCCCAACAUUAGCGGUGCAACAAAAGGGCAUUUUUUUCGUCUGCUCCUGAUUUGA